UCUGAGUUGACCGACUUGUUCCAUGAGCCCAAAGCGGUGUUUAGGUCCGGGUGGAGGGUCAUAGAAGGCGUUACACGUGUGGCCACUCGGAAACCUCGUCCCGAGGGGAUCAUUUUCAUUCAUGAAAGUAUCUGUAACUCUAAAGUAUUGGACUUGUACCUGUAGGCGUAAAGUCGACUGCUGAGCUGACUUCAACUCGGGGAGGAAAUGCUGCUAAAACUACGAAUUGUAUAGCCUUCACUACGUAGGCUACUUAUUAAAAGUUCGGGUAAUUUAAAAUAUACAUUUUGAUUGGACUUCUCAUUUUAGCUGAAAACAUGAAGUCGUAGACGAUCUGUCGUGGAUGAAACGAGGCGAAGUUCAGACACUUUCAGAUUUGGCAGUGGUUAUAACCCACAGUAGUCGACUGUAAAGUUUAUACUCAAUGGGUCUAUGUAGCAGACUAGGAGACACUACACUUAACGAUGAUCAAUCUAAAGGCAGUGGGGUGGAUUUAGAGAACCAUGCCAAACUGGAUGAAGCGGGUGACGCGGAACUAGGCGCCGAGAAUCAGAGGCAGCUGGACGGGGAAGCGCUGCAACCCACCCGGCUGUACAAACGGCGCUGGUUGAUCGUCCUCCUGUUCAGCUCAUAUUCACUAUGCAACUCCUUCCAAUGGAUACAGUACGGCAUCAUCAACAACAUUUUUAUGAAGUUCUACGACGUGGACGCAUUCACCAUAGACUGGAUGUCUAUGAUCUACAUGCUGACAUACAUUCCCUUCAUCUUCCCUGUGACCUGGCUGCUGGACAAAAAGGGGCUACGGGUCGUCGCGCUUGUGGCCACUGCUCUAAAUUGUGCAGGCACAUGGAUCAAAGUGGCCAGCGUCAAACCCAACCUGUUCGCCGUCACCUUUCUGGGGCAGUUCUGCAGCUCGUGCGCGCAGGUGUUCAUCCUCGGGAUGCCGUCGAGAAUUGCGUCAGUGUGGUUCGGUUCAGAGGAAGUGUCCACCGCCUGCUCCAUCGGAGUCUUCGGGAAUCAGCUGGGUAUUGCCAUUGGCUUCCUUGUGCCUCCCAUCCUGGUGCCUAAUGUGGACGACUUAGACCAGCUGGCUCAUCACAUCAGCAUUAUGUUCUACAUCACAGCAGGAGUGGCUACCUUACUCUUCAUCCUUGUUAUCUUUGUCUUUCAGGAGCGCCCUAAACUUCCUCCAACUCAGGCCCAGGCCACAGCACGUAGUAUCCCUCCAGAGCAGUACUCCUACACAGCCUCUAUUCUCAGACUGCUCCGCAACAAGCCCUUCAUCCUCCUCAUCAUCACUUACGGUUUGAAUGUGGGUUGUUUCUAUGCUGUUGGCACCCUGCUGAACCGCAUGAUCAUCGAGCAUUACCCUGGAGAAGAAGUGAAUGCUGGGAGGAUUGGCCUCACCAUUGUCAUUGCGGGAAUGGUAGGCUCCCUGAUCUGUGGCAUUUGGUUAGACAAAACUAAAACCUACAAGCAGACAACCCUCGCUGUCUACUUCAUGUCUCUGGUGGGGAUGAUAGUUUAUGCUGCUACACUCAAUCUACAACACCUCUGGGUUGUCUUCAUCACCGCAGGAGCUCUCGGGUUCUUCAUGACAGGGUACCUCCCCCUGGGCUUUGAGUUUGCGGUGGAGCUGACGUACCCAGAGUCAGAGGGAACCUCAUCCGGACUCCUCAACUGCUCAGCACAGGUGUUUGGCAUUAUAUUCACCAUCUGCCAGGGGAAGAUCAUGGACCGCUUCGGCACACUGGCAGGAAACAUCUUCCUCUGUGUUUUUCUUUUAAUCGGCACAAUAAUAACAGGCUUAAUCAAGUCUGAUCUGCGGAGACAAAAUGCAAACAAGUUGGCCAAAGCAGCAGUGGAGGGGCAGAUGUCGGGACAAGACUACGGAGCCACCGCGCUAAUCACCCAGCUGCAGACUCCUCCUUCACAAGCCUGAUCAAUAAACCUUUCUGCCUUCACAAAAAAAAAAUCUACUCAAAUCUUAGCUCAACACACAGAUUUACGAAGGUAGGAGCACAGCAAUCAGCAAACACUUUCUAUAAUCACAACACGUGCUGCACAUCUUUCACUGUUAAACCUCUGUCUCUCACUCAGUUUCCUUCCCUCACGCUGAAUAAAAUUCACACAAUCAUGUAAAUAUGAAACUCUUUUUUUACUAAACCUGUUUCUCCACAGGCUCCUUAAUCCUCAGAUCCUUAUUAUAAAACCAUGGAGGCCUAUUUGAAACUACAGCUUCUUAGUGGUUUUAGGUUUCAGGUUCUAAGACAAGUCAAAAUGUCCGCUGUGAAAAAGGCCAAUUGAUGUGCUUUUAUUUGUAUAUUUGUGUGUUUUCGUCUAGCAUGUAGUCAGUUACAAACAGUUCACCGAGAACUGAGUACGUUUGAAAAAUUGAAAUAGAUACCAGUAUUUCAAAUGACUACAAAGAAACAGUCAAAUUUCAUACUGAAGCUACAGAAGCAGCUUUAGCAAUUUUAAUUGAUCAUUUGGGUCCUAUCUUUUGUCCUUUGCAAAGAAUGUAUCCUUCAAAUUAAAAAUAUUCUGCACCUUAAGUCUAUCACUAACUUGUAGCAACAGAAUAUACAAGUACAAUGAUCAUUUGGUCUCUUUUCAAUCAUAUGUUGUCUUGAAUGUAAAUGUGUGGAGGAAUUAUUUAAAGGCUGUCUGUACUCUUUAGGAUGAUGUAAGAACGAUCAACCUAAAGUCUACAGAGACAAAAGACAACUUCUGCAUUGAAUCUAUAAAACUGAUGAAUUUAAAAAGACUCUUUUAAAUUGAUAUAGGGACCAUCAGACUGCUGCAAUAGAAGCCUGGAUGCAUCGUCUAUUGUGGAAGAGGCCAAGUUGUAGACGCAAAACACACACUAAUAAAGAUUACAUAAAGGCCUCGAAAAUGACCAGGAUCUUCUUCUUUCAUACUGAGAAAGAACAACACCAUCCAGAAGUCUUUAGACCCCCUUCUUUUUAGAUGUAAAGUAUUAUCAAUAUUGUAUUAACUAUUUAUACAUU